CGUGUUCGUCGUGUGUGUGUUGUUAUUCGUUCGAUCGACCGCGAUUUCUCUGUAUCAUUUCGUAUUUUUGUGAUAUUAAAAUUCUUAGUACAAAUCGUAUAUUAAAAUAAUGAUAAUGACGUGAUAAAACUGAUAGGUUUGUGCGUUCGAUGUAUGUUCGGUUGUUCUUAUACAUUACGCUAUGCGAUGUCUCAACGGUAUACCUGUAAAAGCAUGUCCACAUAGUCACUAAAUUGCAAUUUUUGCAUUUGUCUGACUUCAAACAGACGUCGUAAAAACCGAAUAAAAUGGCUACUGUGGAAAUAACGUCUUAUGGGAGGCCACCGAGCCGUGGAGACAUGGCGACAAUAAUGGAAGGACGCAAUCAACGGCUCAAAAUUGGAAAAACAAUAAGAAGAAAAUCACCAAUACCAGUUCUUCCACCUAGAAUUCCUACACCUAUGCCAAAACCACCGAAAGAUAGUUCGUCAAAACUAAAAAUUGCCAAAUACGAAAAGACAUAUCAAUCUUCCUUAGCGGCUCGGAUGUUAUUAUUUACAGUUGAUUUUGAAAAAGAGAAUGAGAAUCGUAUAGUAAAUAAUAAGCAGCCGCCGCCGUCAUCUCCCGCCGUCGUCCCGUGCCACCGUCGCCGCCGUGCCGACGAAGAGGAAGGGGAAGACCGACACCGUCACCGGACCAGUGCCGUCGUCGUCCCACUGCCGCCGAACGGAGGCGGUCGCAACGGCAGUAGUGCUGCAAACCCGGAACAGUCCGCCCGCAGUCGGACGCACCGCACUGACGACACGCACGCGUCGUACGCCACCGCCGCAAAGGUCGAAGACGAAGUUCGUCGUUUAACACGCGGUCGCUUGCCUUUGCCGACGACAACUGACCACGAAUCAGCUACAGCUGCGGCUCUCGACUACCGCAGACGACGGUACGGCAUGUACGCCACGGCAACCGUAACUGCGGACGACCGUUACGGACACCGGUACGGGCUGUCCUCGGGCUUGACGACGCAGGACCCGAAGACUUCGUCGGCAGCCGCAGCGUUCUUUUUGAGGGCGUCUCAAAAAUUGAACCUAAAUGGUUCGCCUCACCGCAGAAAAAGACGGGGAUCUCAAGGAGAAGAUGCUAUGACCACUCCGCAUGGAUUUGCGAGCGGUUUGCACAAACACGCGCCUCUUCUCCCAGCAUUGUUGCAGCGACGGAUUGCCGGCAAAGAACUAACUGGCGUGGGCAAGGUCAAAGUGAUUUUGAGAGUAACCAACGGUGCCGCGGGAGACGAACAACCAGCGGCGACGGCCGAAGCGAGUAACUUCAUGUCGGUGGACAAGAAGCACAGACAACUGACGCUAAUUGAUCCGAACGCACCUCCGGCCAGUGACGGUAGUCGGCGCGUGGGCGUUGCCGCUCCCAAAAUGUUCGCGUUUGACGCACUGUUCACGCAAGAAGACUCGCAGGUGGACGUUUGUAGUGCUACAUUGAUGGACGUUAUACAUGCUGUCAUUCAUGGAACCGAUGGAUCUGUAUUCUGUUUUGGCCACCAAAAUCUAGGUAAAACGUAUACAAUGAUCGGUUCACCGGAAGACCCACUAUCAUACGGGAUCAUACCGUGCGCCAUAUCGUGGCUGUUCAAAGGCAUACAGGAGCAGAAGGCAAGGACUGGGGCGCGUUUUUCGGUCCGUGUGUCCGCCGUAGAAGUGUCCGGACCCGCAAGUCCUGUUAAGGACCUGCUGGCCGGCCAAUCCAACGACGGCGAAGACAAUUUGCCAGGCCCUGGGGUGUACUUAAGGGGAGAAGACCCUGUGUUGGGCACAGCGAUGCAACACUACAGCGAGCUACGAGCACAAACUAUUGAAAAAGCCGCGUACUAUUUGGAUGUAGCACUCAACAUGCGAAAUUCCUCUCCAGAGUCGCACAUGUUGUACACGUUAAACGUUUACCAAUACACCGUGCCAACCGGUUCAUCUGCAGUUGCUGGAGGUCGAAGUCGAUUGCAUCUUUUGGAUUUAGGCAGUUGUGAGAGAAGCAAGUCUUCCGGUGGAUUGACACUAUCCGGUUUGGGAAACGUACUGCUAGCCAUAUUUAACGGUCAAAAACAUCUACCGCACAGAGAACAAAAACUCACUCAACUCUUGAAAGAGUGUUUGAACUCGUUGACCUGCCAUGCGGCAAUGGUUGCUCAUGUUUCGCCCGCCGCUCAACAGUACACAGAAACUUUGUCUGUCGUACAGCUGGCUUCCCGCAUACAUCGAAUGCGCAGACGGCGAUUUAAGUUUGUCGGCGUGGCUAGUGGCUGUGGGACUUCCGGAGAUACCGAUCCGAAAGUUCAAAAUGGCGUGGGGUCAAGUGAAAUCGAACCUUCUAGCAGUGAACAGUCAGCCGACACUGUGAUCUACGUCGGGCCCAGUGAAGAAACGGACGGUGAACAUCCUCCCGUCCACAUACCUAGUCUGUCGGCCGUGGAAAACCGUUGUCAUCCGUUGAACAAAUUGCUCCGGGAACCCGGACAGAGCAAGUCGACGCCAUCGUCACCACAACGGUCGAUACCAAUCAGCGCCGCGGCGAGAGCGCCCGCGUCCAAGGCAGCUGCCAAACCAAACGGCGUGUGUAGCGCACGGUCAUCGCCGGUCCGAAAUCCGAGAACGUCGUCGACCCGGAAGGAACGUCCUGAGGAGAGGUGGAUCGACGGGCCACGUAUAUCCAAAAGCCGCGCUCACGGCGCUCGGGCGUUGUUGAUGUCCAAAACCGACGACGGGAAAACAGCGGGCGAGACUUGGAUAGAUGGCCCGAUGCACGGGACCAGUAGUCAGCACGCAAACGUUUACGGGUUCAUGGACUACCACAAGAAGAACAUGAUAAAAAAAUGGGUCGAACACCAAGUUUAUCAGGUGACGGAUAAACAGAACAGGCACCGUGAAACGAAAGAAUACACGACAUUUAAGACGGACGAAUUGGGUCCCAGAGGUCGGGCCAGCGGUCAAGAAGAAAACGGUGACGAUGAACCCAAGUGCGAUCAAAUGUCCGUAGCCACCAGAUCGAUAAUUGAAAAUAGUCACCAAGUCAGCAGAGUUGUGUCUAUUGAACGACUCCGUGGAUCAAAUUCUGACGAAUACAACGAAGAAGACGAAGAAAUCGAACUAGAAAUAGUAGAAGUCGAAGAACUCGAUGAACCUGUCCCAACUCAAGAUAGUUGUUUACAGGUAACGGAAGAGGACAUCGCGUUUUGUAUGGGAGAAUUAGAAAAUCCAUUGCCAGAAGUUGACCAGGAAGAGCAUCCGUUGAGAAUACUCAGUCAAGAAAAUAUGACUGUAGUAUCUACAUUUACAGACUCACUAUCAGUUGCCAACGAUAUUGAUAGAGUUUUUUCAAGACCUGGCGGUAAUUCUUUUAGGCAAUUCAACAAUCACAGACUUCAGUCAUCGACACAACAUGAACAAAAGUCGUCGAAAGAUCAAUUUCGAUACGAACAACUGUCUCGAUUACACGAGCUAUACAACGGCAAGGUCGGCGUCCCUAAACACGUUCCUAAUAAUUUCAACCACUCCACGUUACCUACACGCAUGCAAUCCGCCUCGCUAUCCGACGUUUUCAAAAAUGGCGCUACGGAAAACCCGUCCAUGAAUCACGAUUUUACCCAUGCGUCCAACGAUUUUGACAAUAAUAGCAUCGCAAGCGAACCCGCUUAUCUGUUGAACGAUAAUAGUCAAUUUUGUCAUAACUGUCGAAUGAAUUUGACGAGCACCGACGACUUGACUAGUAACCUGUGGAUGCACUACGGAGAACUACACACGCUCAGUCGUUUUCACUCGUUCAAACACAUUAGUAAAAAUAUAUCGAGCCUAAGACAUCCAGACGGCGCGUCAAAUCCAAAUUUACAGUCUGAAACGUGCAGGGAGCCCGGAAAUGGUGCCGAGGAAUCUAAGGACAAAAAAAGUCAAGGAAGUGACGAAGGUGACAUCGAAGAAGUUCCGUACCCACCGCCGUUACAAUCGGAACUAUUGUCGUUGAGCAGAGACGGGUUGGACAGCAAAAGCAGAGUGCAAUCCGUGUUGAACGGGUUCACGCCGUAUUCGGGCAGGUUGAACCACAAUUACUCGUUGAACACCAACAACGACAAGUCUCACGACCCAGGAGGGCACAACGGUCAUCGGUUGAAAAGCGAACAUAACGGCUGGAACGGUGGUAGGACCCGGUUCGAAGACAUCAAACAGCUGAAGGAGUUCAACUUGACAAGCAACAAAUUGUUCAGCCAAAGGUGGUUUACAGACAAACAAAACCCGAGAGCGAAGAAUUUGAACGAAACGAGCAACAGUAAUGCUGCGGCCACCCAUCAGAACAGCAAGUGUGAUAGCUAGGAGACGGUAUGGCUCAGUAUGACACGUAUACAGUCAAAUGAAUCCGGUAUAUAAUACAAUGUGUAUUAGAAAAAAAUAUUUUUGUUCGUUUCUACAAAGUAUAGUAUAAUAUUAUACGUCAUUAUUAUAUUAUUAUUACUAUUAUUAUUAUUAUUAUUAUUAUUAUUAUUAUUAUAUUAUACGAACAGAGCAUAAUAUUAGCACUCGGAGCGAGUUUAAAAAUUAUAUUCUAUACAUUUUACACGUUAUCAGAUUUUUUAUGGAUGUUAGACGCAUAAAAGUAAAUGCGUAUAGUUUAUACAUAUAAUAAAAAUAUUAUAUUUUUAAUAAGCACGUUAACUGCUGUGCUGCCGCCGCCGACGAUGUUGUGUAUUAGAUUCGUGUUGUCACGCCGCACAACACGCGACGUGUCGUUACGAUUUUUAGCAGAACAAAAAUAAUAAUAAUAAAAAAAAACACAAAACUCGCACGCACCGAGUAAGAUAUUUUACUAAGUAUUUAUUAUUAUAUAAUAUUAAAUUAGACUUUUUAGAAUUUUGUUUUUUUUUUUUUACUACA